AUGAACAGGAAAAUCAACAACCAAAGCACUUUAUUGGACCUUCUUGGAGUACCAAAUCCAAAACUGACUCUGGAGUUAGCAGCACUAACGAGACAGCUACAAACUUCCCUGGCCAGUCCCAGAGGCGGCAGGAGACAGGCACGGUGGGGAAUUCACUAUGUCAAAGCCAUCGCUGUUUCCUCUUAUGGAAUCGCUGGUUUCCCCCCCGUUGGUGCAGUGUUCAGAAAAGCAUCCCGCCUCGUUCCUGCGAACCAGCCUUCGGCCACAGGGCCCGAUUGGCACGUCCUGGAGAGCCACGGCCCGGCCGAUGCUGAGCGUGGCCCAGCAGUUUGCUUCGUGCUGUUAACACCUGCUAGCGUUCGUUUCGUCCAUAAUGAUGUCGUAGUACCUGACUUCUCUGCCUAUCGUCGUCAAGAUGUGCUAAGUCCCACCACAUCUUCUCAAGGCAGCAGUGACGCUAGAAAAGGAUUUUCCUACCUGAUGACUGCAACGACGUGUGUAGCAACUGCAUAUGCUGCUAAGAAUGUUGUCACCCAGUUUAUUUCCAGCCUGAGUGCCUCUGCUGAUGUGCUAGCGCUCUCAAAGAUUGAGGUCAAGUUAUCUGACAUUCCAGAAGGCAAGAACGUGACUUUCAAGUGGAGAGGGAAGCCCCUUUUUGUGCGUCACAGAACCCAGGCAGAGAUUAAUCAGGAAGCUAAAGUUGACUUGUCUAAACUGAGGGAUCCGCAACAUGACUUAGACAGAGUAAAGAAACCAGAAUGGGUCAUAUUAAUAGGUGUCUGCACUCAUCUUGGUUGUGUGCCCAUUGCUAACUCUGGAGAUUUUGGCGGUUAUUACUGCCCUUGCCAUGGCUCCCAUUACGAUGCCUCUGGCAGAAUCAGGAAAGGUCCCGCUCCUUAUAACCUUGAGGUUCCCAUUCACCAGUUUGUUGGUGAUGACCUAGUGGUUGUUGGCUGAGUAACAGUGUGCUUGCUCACUUUGAUGUUCUUGUGAAUGUACGCUCAAAAGGGUUAACUGAGAUUCUGGAAUUCUGUAAAACCAGGUGAUCCUGAAAACAUUCUGGUUGUCUAGAUUCUCAACCAGAAGUAUGUUCGAGUACUUCCCUGUGUUCAAUUUUAAUAAAAACUUUGAGUGAGCACUAGU